UUCUCGUAGCCUCCUCGACGAUCAGUGUAAGAUGAAGUCAAUUUCGGUGCUGUUUUCACUAACCUGCAUCGCCUGCACGGUGCUUGCCCAGCGCCGUCAAAUCGGUGGACGUGAUACUUCGAUCCGGCAGUACCCGUUUAUGGCAGCGGUAGCGUUCGCCCGUCAGCUCGUCGGAAAUGGUGCAAUCAUUGCGCCGAGAUGGAUUCUAACCUCGGCCAGUGCUGUGUAUGCACCGCAAGACGCACUGUUCGAUGUGCAGGUAGGUGCGGAUAGCUUCAUGGGCAGCGGCAGCUGGUACGAGGUGCUCCAAAUCUACCGACAUCCCGAGUUUGUCGGUUGGGACUACAAUAUCGCACUGAUACACUUGAAAGGCCCCAUCAAAUACAGCGAUACGGUACAGCCGAUCGGUUUGGCCACCACCGACACGGACUACAUCGACGCCACGAUGCUUUCUUACGGGAUAAAUGAGCAGGAAACGCAGCAUCUGCGCGAGGCCGCAUACACACUGUCCGCGGACGAUGAGUGCGUUGCGUUUCUGACGGAUUGGUUGGCGAAAGAAAUGAUUACACAGCACCGUGGUUACUGUGUGCGUCCGUUCCGCGGUGCUCAGCAGGGACAGUGGUUUAAUGAUGCGGGUGCACCGGUCGUGGCCAACAAUCUGCUGUACGGUGUGUUUGCGUUCGCCGAGGAUGAGGGAGGCAUCAAUGAAGGGUCUGUGGCGACACGUGUUAUCAGCUUUGCGGAUUGGAUUCAGCGUACGAUGCAGGCUCAUACGUUCUAGCAAAGGAAAAACAAAACAAAACUCUACGCCGAAUGAAUUAGCUGCAUCCAAUGAGCAAACGUUGAACUAAUGAGUCUGUUUAGUAAACAAUUUGUUGAACCAUGGCACUAAAACGAUAUUGGCCCCUUCAAACAACAAAGGAAAACUGUAAUUCUUAUUUUCUUCCGAGCUACUUUCAAACAUGAAACUGUUGCUGAUAGUGACCUGUGCCAGCUUCAUCACAUUCUUCGCCCGAGCACAGCUACGUCAAGUCGGCGGUAAAGAUGUCUCCGUCCGUCAAUACCCGUUCGUUGCCGCAAUCGCUUACACACGACAGCUCGUAGGAAAUGGUGCGAUAAUUACCCCGAACUGGAUUCUAACCUCCGCCAGUGCCGUCUACCACUAUCCGGACAGCGAGUACAGCAUCGCGGUAGGUACGGACGAUUUUCACAGCCCGGCCAAUUGGCAUGAGGUGAGCAAAAUCAUCCGACAUCCGGAGUUUGUCGGAUGGGACAAUAACAUCGCGAUGGUACUGGUGCGUGAUACCGUCAAGUACGGUGACACCGUCAAACCGAUCAACAUUGCUACCAACUCUCCGGACACUGUUGAGGUGACGAUGUUAUCGUACGGGAAGAACGAGCACAGUACGACGCAUCUGCGUGCCGCAACCUAUACCCUGAUCUCGGACAAUGUCGAUUGUGUUGGGCUGCUGAAGGAGAGUGCGGCGAAGGAAAUUAUUUGGCGACAGCACGGUUUCUGUCUGAUACCACCACCCGGUACGGAGCAGGGCCAGUGGUACAACGAUGCCGGUGCACCGCUGGUUGCGCACGGUGAGCUGUACGCGGUGUUUGCGUUAGCGGAGCAUGAGGGCGGACUGAAUGAGGGUUCGGUUGCGAUCCGGGUUGCAAGCUAUCUGGGCUGGAUACAGGCGGUCAUGUUUAGCGGUAGUGAUUUUUUGAAAUAAAAUAGUAUUCAAAUUUUUCAUAGUA